AUGAAUGAGCUGAAGAAAAGAAUCAAUAAAAGAAGGUACUCUGAUACUUCUCUGAUCGAUUAUUGAAUCACCUACCAAAAAAACCACGAAGUGACAAAAAAAGAAGAGAGCAGUGGGAAUGGAAAUUGGUUCCCAAUCCGGCAAAACACAAGAAGAGGAUCAAAUUUAAUCCUCAACUACCUUGGAAGUCUCAAAAAGCAGCCCUCAAUGGUUUUGAAUCCAGAAAGCACUUUAAAAAUUAUAUUUGACUCUUUUCAUGGUCUUUUAAUUAUAAUGCAACUUAUCACAAUUCCUUUUCUUAUGUAUUUUGAAGAUCCUGAGUUUACUUCUUGGAGAAAAACUAAUGAAAUAUUGAAUUUUUUAUUUUAUUUUGAAAUUGUAUUACAAUUUAACACCGCAUAUUAUGAAAAAGGACAUCUAGUGUGCACUAGAAAAGAUAUUGCUAUUAAAUAUCUUAAGACAUGAUUUGCCUAUGAUAUGGUUGCUUGCUUUCCGUUUGAUUACAUACUGGCCGGAAAAUUGGCGGCGAAUGACGAUUCUACUAGUCUAGACGCACUAAACACUAGCAGGCUUUUUACCUAUACCAAAAUUAUACAGUUAGGCCGCUACUUCAAACUGCAAGGAAUCCUGAACCAUGCUGCAACCUGCACAAUGGAUCCUAAAAUCAGUGAAUUUUUCAAGUUUUUCAGGCUGGUAUUGGUUGCUACGCUGGUAAACCAUUACACAGCUUGUGCUUGGUAUUAUCUUUCUUGACUUGAUUCUUUUCAUUACCCACAAACUUGGAUAACGAAAUGAAUAGACGUGCGUGGCCCAAAAGACACUUUGGGAUAUUAUUUUGAAGCACUUUAUUUCGCAGCGACCACUUUAUUUACGAUAGGAUACGGAGACUAUGUUCCUUGCACAAUUUCUGAGAAAGAGUUUUGCAUCGUCAUAAUGAGCACUGGGGUUCUGAUUUUCUCAUAUAUUGAAAGCAGGAUCAGCCAAAAUGUGAUUGAUAGGUAUGAAGAGAAAGCUAAAUUUAUGGAAUAUCUCGUCAAUCUGAAUAUCUUUAUGAGAAAACAGAAGCUGCCAAGUCUGCUUAAGUUUAAAGUAAGGACUUAUAUGGAUUACAUGAAAUCCCUUACAACUAACUCAGAGUUGAAAGAGCUUGAAGUCUUAAAAAUGCUUUCACCGCCUUUGCGUGAAGAAAUCCUCGGAGUCACCAGAGGGAAAGAGCUACAUUUGUGCCCAAUCUUUAAGCAGCUGUAUGGAACUAAAUUAAUCAACGAAAUCAGCAAGCUUUUACAGCUAAAAAAUUUUGCCCCUGAGGAUGUGCUCUUUAAGGAAGGCGAAAACGAAACAGUCAUUUAUUUCAUUACUGCUGGCAUAGUUGAAGUUUACCACGAAAAAACCAGAACUGUCUUUAAAGAGCUUGCAGAAGGCAAAUAUUUUGGAGAAAUUGGGUUUUUUACUCGACAAGUCCGAACUGCCAGCAUCAGAUGUGUAUCUUUCUGCGAUAUGAUUUCUUUAAGCCGCGAUCAGCUUGAUAUUCUUGUCAAGAGGAAGCCUGACGCGUUCCAAAAGACAUUACAGCUGCAAACUUUAUGCCAAAGCCACGAUAACUCAAAAUACGCUCCUUUAGGCGUAUACUGCUAUCUCUGCAAUCUUUUAGGACACACAGCUAUCACCUGCGAGAAAAUUUUCGAAAAGAUAAAUAAAAACAGAAUGAAAGAGAAAUGGGUAAAAAAGCGGAUGACGUCAAAAAUAUUCAAACUGGCUGAUAUAAAGCAUCAUAUAAACUUAAAAAGGAAAAAACGGAAAAGCCGCAAGUUUUGCAGUCCUUUAAACUCAAGCGGAUCUAUAAGAACGCCUGAAGAGCUGUGAGGGGGCAAUGAAACUAUGCUUUGACAUGUGAAAACCCAUUUGGAAAGCUCAACGAUUGGGAAGCAAGUGCAAAGGGAAACGGACAAAUUGAUAAGAACUGAAAUGACUCCUAGGAGGCAGACUUAUUUGAAUGUGCUAGGAGAUAAUGAGAGCGAUGAAUCAGAUGAUGAUACCAGCAGCAGAUAUUUAGGUGACCAGUCUUUGUCACCAAGGUCUGAUGCAGGAUAUUUAGCAGCGUCUCAUAAAAGGGAAAGGUUUUUAUCGUUCCCUGAAGCUUAUCUUUCUACAUUUAAGUCCAAUGAUAUAUAUAUUAAUUAA